AUGGGAGUGGAUGGAACUCCGAGGAGGAGACUCUUGACGGAUCAGCUUCGUCUGCGAUGCUCAUCGUCUGCGACGUUCGAAUCGGACGUGAUGUGGUGGUGUCGGCAUGUUACGCCUACCAAGCGAUGA